CCGCGGCGGUGGCGACCGCGAGUGGUGGUUGGGCCGUGCGCAUUUCCUUCCCUCCCCCCUGGGCGCGGAUCCCGCCCGCGGUGCCCAGUGCGCGGCGCCCUCGGAUCCGCCCGGCUCCCGGUCUCCUCCCCGCCAUCGCCGGUCGCUCCGGUCCCCGCCCGUCCAUGUCUCUGCCCGUGGUGCUCCCGGGCUCUUGCUGCCCGGUCGCGGGGCUUUCGGGGGGUCCUCAGUCCGGGGGCCCAGGCACAGCGGCCGCCACCGCCCAGGAGCCGCCGCUGCCCCCGUUGCGGCCGCGCUGGUCCCGGAGCGCGCUGCAGCCCCCGGCGCGGCCUCGCUGCGCCGCCACCGCGGUCACCGCCGGGGUUCUGGCCGCGCCGCCCGCGCUGUCCUCCCGCCGGGCCGCCGCCUCCGCCGCCGCCGUCGCCGGCCCCGGCUCCGCGCUGCUGCCCGCCCGCCCGCUGCUGUCGCUCGGGCUGCUGCAGCUGAUCCUGGGCUGCUGCAUGGUGGCGCUCAGCUUCGGGGCGCUGUCUCUGAGCAGCUCCCCGCAGGUGAAGAACUCGUGCCCGUUCUGGGCUGGCUCUUCGGUAAUUCUGUCUGGGAUCAUCGGGUUAACCACUUGGAAAAGACCCAUGAUUCUUCUGGUAAACCUCUUUGUGCUGCUGUCUGUGGUCUGUGUCCUGCUAAAUCUUGCGGGAUUCAUCCUGGGAUGUCAAGGGGCGCAGUUUGUAUCCAGCGUGCCCAGAUGUGAUCUGGUGGACUUAGGUGAAGGCAAGAUUUGCUUCUGUUGUGAAGAAUUUCAACCAGCCAAAUGCACAGAUAAAGAAAACUCCUUGAAACUCUUUCCCGUUCAACCUUGUAGUGCUGUUCACCUUCUACUUAAGAAAGUCCUCUUUGCCCUGUGUGCCUUGAAUGCACUCACGACCACUGUGUGCCUGGUGGCUGCAGCCCUUCGCUAUCUCCAGAUAUUUGCCACCAGGAGAUCCUGCAUCGAUGAAUCCCAGAUUUCUGCAGAAGAAGUGGAAGAUCAUGGCCGGAUCCCUGACCCUGAUGACUUCAUACCGCCUGUCCCUCCCCCUUCUUACUUUGCUACAUUUUACUCCUGUACGCCCCGGAUGAACCGCAGGAUGGCUGGUCCUGAUGUCAUUCCACUGCCACACAUCUAUGGAGCUAGAAUCAAAGGUGUGGAAGUGUUCUGCCCCCUGGACCCCCCACCUCCCUAUGAAGCGGUGGUGAGCCAGAUGGACCAGGAACAGGGGGCUUCAUUCCAGAUUACAGAAGGAGCAGAAGCUGCUGCAUGUCCACUGGAACCAGCUGGCACACAAUUGACUCAAGGUGUGGCUGUUCCUCCAACAGCCGGUGAAGAAAGCACAUCUGUAUCGAGUCCUACUUCAAGCUUGGCGCAUCAGCAUCAUCCCACGAGGAGCUGCAGAGCCCUCCUGCCUCUCAGGACAAGAUCAAAGAGUGACCCCCUGCUCCACCACUCUGAGGAGAGAGCCACCCCCGUGCUCAGCUGUGAAGCUGCCACCCAGACUGAAAGGAGAUUGGAUCUGGCCAUGGUGACGCUAAGGACAAGCACCAGAACAAGAGCGUCGAGAUGCAGGCCCCGUUCUUUAAUAGAUUAUAGGUCUUACAUAGACACCAAGCUGCUGGUGGCCAGGUUCCUGGAGCAGUCUUCUUGCAGCAUGACCCCAGACAUCCAUGAACUUGUAGAAAAUAUUAAAUCUGUGUUGAAAUCCGAUGAGGAGCACAUGGAGGAAGCCAUCACAAGUGCCAGUUUUCUGGAACAGAUAAUGGCUCCUUCGCGGCCCAGCGUGUCCUGGGCCCAAGCGCUGCCUCUGCAGAGACAGCCCGGCCUGCUGCACCUGCAGAGCUGUGGGGACCUGAGUACCUUUGCCCCACUGGGGAGGCCGAGGGCCGAAAGGAGGCCCCGGCGAGCGGAGGCUGAGAGGCCGCACAGCCUCAUCGGUGUCAUCAGAGAGACUGUGCUGUGAUCCAAGGGAGAGAUGCAAGGCCAGUUCAAAUUGAGGAAUCCUCUUCCUCCUCCUGCUGUGUAUUGGCUGGGAGUUGGGGGCCCCCUGUGGGAAUGCCUCAAGAAAGGGGACACCGCAGGAAAGCAGCCAUUCCUACUCUUGGACUCCCUCACUCAAGGGUGAAGGACUGGUUCUUCAGGCCCCUUUGGGUUUGGGGUACACCGAGUUGGUGGUGAAGGCAGCGGUUCCCCUUGCUUUGCUGGGUCGUGGAACCUUCCUGAGAGGCACUUGCCCUGGGGUGCGCAGUAAUAAGGCUGAUGAUACUCUGCCUGCCGCACCCCUCGUGGAUCUCCACGUGGCCAAGUUCUUUCCCUCACUGGACGGGCAGAACUGCUGGCUGCUAUUUAUAGCUGCUUGCUGCCUUUGUGCAGAGAGGAACUGGCAGGAGACAGAGGCCGAUUACCUGUCAUGCGACUGUGCAGACCCCAGACCUUCGCUCAGGUUCCCCUCCAAUCCACUGUCUUUAGGAAAAUAAGACCAGGCAGAUGGCAACUUGUAAUGAAAGAUAUUUAUGGAGAGAAGUCUUGUUGAUUGCAUUUAUUUGUGCUUGCAACCUAGAACACUCUAUAAGGUGGAGCAGGGAGAAUAAAAUGUUUAUUUUGGACCUCUGGGCUAGGCGUGCAGUAU